UGUAAAAAUUAAGACAAGAACACAAGUUUAAAAUGGAAUCUUCAAAGUUGUUAUUUUUAUUGCGAGAAUGUACAAAUGCCAAGUCGUUAAGACAAGCCAAGCUUGUUCACCAGAGAAUACUCACGGUUGGGUUACGUAGCGACGUCGUUUUAUGCAAAAGUCUCAUCAAUGUCUACUUCGCUUGUAAAGACCAUUGCUCGGCGAGACUCGUCUUCCAGAACAUGGAUACACGAUCGGAUGUUUACAUCUGGAACUCACUUGUGUCUGGUUAUUCGAAGAACUCGAUGUUUCAUGACGCUCUUGAAGUUUUCAAGAGAUUGCUUAAUUGCCCAUUUUGCGUCCCUGAUUCGUUUACUUAUCCGAAUGUGAUCAAGGCUUAUGGUGAGUUGGGUAGAGAGUUUUGUGGUAGAAUGAUUCAUACCCUUGUGGUUAAGAGUGGGCAUGUUUGUGAUGUGGUUUUAGGGAGCUCUUUGGUUGGUAUGUACGCAAAGUUUAACUUGUUUGAAGAUUCAGUACAAGUGUUCGAUGAAAUGCCUGAGAGAGAUGUUGCUUCUUGGAACACGGUUAUUUCGUGUUUUUAUCAAAGCGGGGAGGCAGAGAAGGCUUUGGAGUUAUUCGGUAGGAUGGAAAGUUCUGGCUUUGAACCAAAUUCAGUUUCAUUGACGGUAGCCAUAUCGUCGUGCUCGAGGCUAGUGUGUUUGGAGAGAGGGAAGGAGAUCCAUAGAAAGUAUGUGAAGAGAGGGUUUGAGUUAGAUGAGUAUGUAAAUUCUGCUCUUGUAGAUAUGUAUGGGAAGUGUGACUGUUUUGAGAUGGCUAAAGAGGUUUUUCAACAAAUGCCUAGAAAGAGUUUGGUUGCUUGGAAUUCUAUGAUUAGAGGUUAUGUCUCUAAAGGAGAUAGUAACUCAUGUGUUGAGCUUUUGAAUAGGAUGGUCGUAGAAGGAACUCGACCGAGUCAGACAACCUUGACCAGUAUUCUGAUGGCUUGCUUUCGGUCACGGAAUCUCCAACAUGGAAAAUUCGUACACGGUUAUGUGAUUAGGAGUGCUGUAGAUGCAGAUAUCUAUUUAAAUUGUUCUCUGAUCGAUCUAUACUUCAAGUGUGGUGAAGUAAAGUUGGCUGAAACCGUCUUUUCAAAGAGUCAGAAGGACGUUGUUGAGUCAUGGAAUGUUAUGAUCUCUGGUUAUGUGAGUGUGGGUAAUUGGUUUCAGGCUGUUGCAGUUUAUGACCAAAUGGUGAGUAUUGGAGUGAAACCAGACGUAGUGACUUUCACAAGUGUUUUACCUGCUUGUUCGCAACUGGCUGCGUUAGAGAAAGGCAAACGGAUUCAUAUGUCCAUUAGUGAGAGCAGGCUCGAAACAGAUGAGUUGCUGAUGAGUGCACUUCUUGACAUGUAUUCUAAAUGCGGCAAUGUGAAAGAGGCUUCUAGAAUUUUUAACAGUAUGCCAAAGAAGGAUGUUGUGUCAUGGACAGUAAUGAUCUCUGCGUAUGGAUCUCAUGGUCAACCCAAAGAAGCCCUUAACCAUUUUGAUGAAAUGCAGAAGUUUUUUGGUGUAAAACCUGAUGGGGUUACUUUUCUUGCUGUAUUGUCAACUUGCGGUCAUGCCGGGUUAAUUGAUGAAGGUGUUAAGUAUUUCAGUCAAAUGAAAUCAAAGUACGGAAUCAAGCCUAGUAUUGAACACUACUCGUGCUUGAUUGACAUUCUUGGCCGAGCAGGUCGGUUGCUUGAAGCUUAUGAAAUUCUUGAAGAGAAACCAGAGACAAGAGACAACGCUGAGCUUCUCAGUACUCUUUUCUCUGCUUGUUGUUUGCACAAGGAUCAAUCAUUGGGAGAUAGAAUCGCAAGAUUGCUUGUGGAGAAAUGUCCAGAGGAUGCAUCUACCUAUACUGUCUUGUAUAAUUUGUAUGCCUCUUGUGAGUCAUGGGAUGCAGCAAGGCGGGUCAGACUGAAAAUGAAAGAAGUGGGACUGAUGAAGACACCUGGCUGCAGUUGGAUUGAGAUGAAUGAAAAAGUGUGGCAUUUCUAUGCUGAGGACAGGUCUCAUCCACAAGCUGAGAACAUUUGUGAAUGUCUUGCCCUUUUAAAUGGUCACAUGGAAGCUGGUCAAUGAUUCUUAUGGUGUUGCAUCUGUCCCAAGGAGACAGUAUCUCAGGCUAAUGUCCAAGUAACACAAAUGGUGGUUUCAGAGCUAAGUCAUGCACUCAGAGCGUCUGAAGCUUUUGAAUAAGGUUGCUGGUGUUUUAAAUGUAACACUGGAUGAAUAUUGUUUCACAUAACAAUUAAGAAGCAUGUUCCACAGUAAAGUCUUUCAAAGCUCAACCAAGCAUGUUCAACAUUAUCAGCCUAAUCUGACCCUUGUCGAUUGCUUCACAUUCGUGCUGCUUCUCGUGGUUCAUGACACCUAGGACAUGACUAUCUCCAAGACUCCAACGUAAAACCUAACUAAAGAGUCAGUUACAUGAUGCCGAGAUCUUUAUCUAACAAGGAACGGGCAAGGACGUUUUGGCCUUUCAUGUGAAAAUAUGCACUGAAGAUCCCACCAUGGAUCCUUGAUACAUACUCGUCCGGUAGUAAUCUGUAAGCGUAGAGGACAGAGGGUGACAUUCAUCUCAGACUUACCUAGCUAGAGCCACUCUGUAAACACGAUUUCAAGAUUCACUACUCCCGAUUACACAUUAGAAAUCCCAUAUCAACAAGUUGAAACACACUAAAAAGGAAGAAGAGUAACCCAAAAAACAAUUUAUACAAAAUUACGGUAAAUUCUUAUAAGUUGUAUAAGCAUUUGGUCUAGCUUGAUUAUAUUUGAUGUUUAGGCUAGUAAGGGGUCCAUCUUAGGCACUUUAUUGCAUUCACAAUGGAUUCAAACACAUAAGAACCAUUGACCGUUCAUCAUUAACCUCUUAAAUCUUGAACUAGCUAGGCCGUGGUUUGGUACGUUUUGGAGGGAUUUGGUUUCAGUUUAUAUUAAGAGAAGGCAACCGUAGUGCCACUAGGCCCAAUACUUUGU